AGUAUGCUAGGACUCGCGUUAUGAAUGGACUGUUAUAUGCUUCUUCUAAGGUUAAUUAUUACAGCGAUCAGUAAAAGUGUGUAUUAAUUAUUAAGACUUUGCAUACGUUAAAGUGAGACUGUUGGAUUUAACACAGAAUAAAGUUGCAAAAGCACCGCAUUUGGACAUAAAGUUGAUAUACAGUGAUGAUAAUUUCACUUGCAAGAGUUGUAAAGUUGUUGUAUGAGUUGUAAAAUGGAGGCUGCAUAGUCAACUUUCAUUCAUCUGUCUAUAGUAGUAGGUUCUUACGAGCUUGACAAUAAUGCCAAUCAUAAUUCAGUUACCAUUUAAAAGACAGAAGAGGAGUUUAAAGGCUGGGAUACUAAAAGGAUGCUAGUUUGUGUCCUCUUCAAACCUAAUCUCACCUCAAGACAUCUUCCUUAGUUACAUUUUAAUGGCCUCGCCAAGCCUCCACUUAUCAUCAUUAAAAGACAUAAAAAUAAUAAGUGAAUGACAACUGUGGUUUAAAAAUGCACCAUGAUUACAUUGUAACACAUUGCUUUGAAGUUGUUAGUACAUCAGGCAUUGCUGUUUACACAAAACGUGAUUUGUUUGAUAUUGGUAUACAUGGUAUUAUUAAAACAUGUAUGUCAACAGUACACGUUUGUAACGAUAUUACCAACAACUCCAGAAUGUAUAUGAAAUAAAUGUGAUUUGCAGUCUUCAAGGAGCUGGUGACGUAGUGACAGUGCACUAAAAGGUUUAUUGUCAUCUUUCGUAUAUUAUCCCCAAAUAGCCCAAGUGACGCCGCAAGUGCGGAUAUUAUCGAUGUCAUGGGGGCGAAUACGAUGUCGUGGUGGUUAGUUUGAAAAAGUUCGACGAGUUGUAUGGUAAAAACAUGGAGCAAAUGUUGCCGAUAGACAACAGUUGAACUGCGCAGAGUUCGCCUCAGUCGAAGCUGGAAGAAGGACGGGGCAGAAAGCGAAGGGAUCGUGGUGGAUUUAUUAUGCCCCAGUUGAACAGUUAUUGCCAGCAGAACCGGUCGGACCCAUGGUGAAGAGAAAGAAGACGUCGUCCACUUCCGAAGAGCACGAAAAUGGCAUGACACCGGGCUCCAGGGAGGGGAUCGGUGUCGAUGGGAGGAGGAAUCCGUCCAGAAAAGCCGACGGUUGCGACGAGGAGGAGAGCGGAGAGCAGGCGAGCGAGGAGCGCAGUACAAAGGGAGACGACCGAGUGGAGGUUCUUAAUCCGGCAGCCUCGGCUCUCAGCCCCGGUUCGGCUCGACCCGGACCGGGUUCGACCCAGCGACCCCAGACGCUAGCGGAGCCCGGCGCCCCUUGUCACGACCAGCACCAUUUUCUCCGAUCCAGCGUUCGACCUCCGAGCAAAAGGAUCCGGAAGGAUUCCAUCGGCUCGGCCGUCAACGGCCAUGGCGGGGCCAAAUCAAAAGGAACAGAGAACGGUUCCUCCUCCCAGGGGGCGGUGGGACAGUCUGGAACCGUGGCCGGCUCUACGGGGGUCUCCAAGACUGCCAAGGGCCAAGGGGCUGUCGAGAAGGAGGAGCAAGCCGGUAACCAGAAGAGGGCCCGUCGACAGUGGGAGUCUUGGAGCGCAGAGGACAAAAACAGCUUCUUUGAGGGCCUCUACGAGCACGGCAAGGACUUCGAGGCUAUCCAGAACAACAUUGCAAUGAAGUACAAGAAAAGAGGAAAGCCAGCCAACAUGGUGAAGAACAAGGAACAAGUCCGCCACUUCUACUACCGCACCUGGCACAAGAUCUCCAAGCACAUCGACUUCGCCAAUGUGUACACCCGAGUGCUGAAAAAAUCCUCCCAGGAGCUGUACGGCCUCAUCUGCUAUGCGGAGCUACGCAAAAAAGUUGGAGGGCUCAUGGACGACAAGAAUGUGACAAAGCUGAACGAACUCAUUCAGCAAGGGGCCACCACCGUGCGCUCCAAAGGGAGGAACCUGCGAAUUAAAGCACCCAUGUGCCGGGCGCUGAAGAAACUUUGUGACCCAGAUGGAGUAAGUGACGAGGAGGACCAGAAGCCGGUGCGUUUACCACUGAAGGUGGCGGUCGAGCUUCAGCCGCGCAGCAACUAUUCCUGGGCCCGUGUUCAGAGUCUAGCACACAACCCUCGCCUCAGGAUGGUGGUGGAACUUCACAGGAAGGUUUCCAGCCUCAUCGAGUACCUGAAACAGAAGUGGGCCUACAAUGACCAGAGAAUCAUGAAGAGUCUGAUAGAAAGGGAGGCGUUGGAGGAGGCCCAGGCCGCCUCUCCCAACAAAUCCCCUCCAGAGGAGCUCUUUCUGUUCCCGGCCGAGAGCAGCACCCUGACCACCCUCCCCGGGGUCGCCCGUGUGGUACACUCCAAGGCCUCUUGCACGGUACACUGGCAAGAAAGCGGCAAGACGCGGCCCAACGCCAAGGAGCUGCCCGCCGCUCAGAUCCUGGGCAUUCACACAGCUCCGCCACUACGGACCGGCACCAAAUCUGCACGCGGAAACACGGCUUCCACUGCCUCGGUGACCCCGCAGAGUGACUCUCGUCAAACUGAGCCCCCCGGCUUUGAGACUUUACCCGAGGACAAAAAGCCUUCAUCUCUUUCACCUCCUCAGCAGGCGGCGAUUCCCAGAGAGGAGGCAACUGAGUCUGGACCUGUAGAGGGGAACAAGACCUGCACUGCUGGGGUGGAGGCCAGCGCUGGCCCAGCAGGCACCAAAACCACUGACGGGUUGUGUGGCGUCGCAGAGAGCUCAGUGGAGCAAUGCAGGGAAGAGCAGAGCAUCGCUUCCUCCUCCCCGGACACCAGCCAGACCCCACCAGCCAAGCUUCCCAUGAGCGGCCCAGAGGACGGCGCCCCACAGGGCUCGGCUCACGCAGCCAAAGAGCGGACUGUCGAGCAGAUCAGGGAGGAUGGCUGGAACGCCCGUGACGCCGAGAACGUCACGCUGGCAGAGCUGUACCUGAUGUUCGGGAAGCCCGGCAAGCUGCAGCUGGAGUACGAGUGGCAGUCCGUGGCGCAGGCGCCCGAAAACGGGCAGGCGCCCUCGCCGUCGACGCGGCAUAGAAAACAACGGGUUUUACGCUGUCUGCUGAGACUGGUCACCACCGAGAUCAACCCCAAACCUCUGGCUCCAGAGCUUUGCUCCACAGCCACGUCUCCGCUCAAGACUCCUCAGGAGGACCAAAACCAGGCCCUGACACCUCCGACAAAAGGUCCCGCGGCGGGCGUCCGCAGCCCCGGCUGUGGCCGGCAGCAGGCGUCUGUCCGAGGGGGCCGGCUACACCAGCCCAACGCUGGUGCCUCAGGUGCACGUAACCUUCCUCGCUCCCUGCUGGGCUCGUCGGCGGCAGCCAGCGACGCCGAAGGCAACGUCUUUGCAGUACCCACCACGCUCCCUCCCAAUAGUUCCCGCCACAGCCGAAUGUUCUCGCCCAACAAGGAGGCUGAGCUGGCCUUGAGGCAGCAGCUCGACUCCAUCAGCAUGCAGUCAGAUCUUUUCCUUUCAAGACCAAGAAAACCUCGAAACAGACAACUCCGGAAGCCGCUUGUUGUCCAGCGAACUCUUCUACCGAGAACCACAGGAGACACUCCUCAGCACGUCUGCUCCUUCUCCAUCCUCUCCAACUCCUCUGCCACAGGAACCGGGUCUUUCCGGCCAAUCCAGACGCGGCUGGCUCCUACGUCCCGCCCUCUGCCGUCUAAAGCUUCUCCAGCAGCUUCCUGCUCUGCCGUGACCAACCAACUCUCCAGUGCUAUCGACCUUGCAGCUAAGACGGCAGGCAUCAUCCCUGGAAGUCCUUGCCGGGAGCCGGCACCUCCCGGACCCAUGCUCCCCUCCGCACCCGACCCCCCGCUCCUCCAGCACAACCUGUCAGAGAACGGUCUGCCGCCGCCGUCUCCUGGCAUGGCGGAGGGUGGAGACUCUCUCCUGGCUCCGCCCAGCGUGGCAUCGCUCCUGGACAUCUCUCUCCCCGGCCCCCCUGAGGAGACUCUGACCCCUGGAGAGAACCAGACGCACAUCAGCGACUCCAUCAUCGAGCUUGCCAUCAAUUCUGCUCAUUACGGCGAGGACGCGGCGCUCUCUCCGGCCAAACUGAGCAACAGCGACGGCUCCAAACUGCUGGCCUCGUCCCCGUCAGUCAGCCCGUCCCGAGGCUGGAUCCCUUCGCCCAGCCACGACCCCCAGUGGUACCCCAGUGACUCCACUGACUCCACGCUGGGAUGCCUUCUCUCCAGCAUGGUGUCUCCUGAUAAGGGCAGGCGGAGCACCCUGACGCCCUCCGGCCCCUCCAGUGGCACAGCCUUGCUCGGUCCCAGCCUCUUGGACUGCAACUCCCAUGAUUCCUUUCAGUCCCGCGGGCUUCCUGAUGUGGCAGAGAUGGACUCUCAGCUUGCCUGCAUGAUGAGCGAGAGCAGCGUGGACUACAUCGCUCGCUUCAAUGACCUGGCUCAGGAGCUGGCCGUGGCCGAGCCCUCCAUUCCGCCGCCCUGAGGAGACGGAGCGACCCCACUGACCCAAAGCCAUCUGGAGGAAAGAAGUGAGCGGAGGCUCCGUGCUACCUAAGAGGAAAGAGUACUGGUGGGACCAGACCAGACCAGUACCUAAAGCCAUCUCUGCCCUUUUUCUUUAAGUGCAAUAAUUUUCAUUUUGGAUUGGAGCCGCAUUGUUCAAAGACUAAAACAUCUCGCUGAGGUGAAAUGCCCUUUAAGAACUUUAUAAACGCAACCUCGUGUACAGGAAAAUGCUUUUGCCAUAUCUGAACAGUCUUUUCCUGCUUUUGAAGUGUGUCUGUCGUCUACAUUUGUCCCCUGAAAAUGUGCAAAUCCACCAAGAUGUGCAGUCGAGAUUCCAUCUGGUGAGAAAAGAUGGCACCGCGUUGAUAAAGAGAUGCUUAUCCCUAAAAUCUCAUCAGACGUCGCUUUGCAUUUCACACACAUUUCAUCUCCAGCAAUUCAGCUUUCAUCGGUUGUACGGACAUUUGCUGCCUGCAUUCGUUUUUUUUUUUAUCGCAAAGAGCAGCACCGGAUGACAGAUUUCAGUGAGUACAUUUCAAUUUGGUGCUGAAAUCGGCGUGAAUCUGUGAAAAUAUUCUGGUUAGCUUCAUGCUUGCAUUGACGCAAGGACAUGAAGUCUUAGGUGCUUCCGGUCUCUCGACACUUGAUUGAAACUCCACUAAAGUCAGCCUUUCAACGCCACGUUAACUUUCAAGCGUUUUGUGUUCAGUGGACUGAUAAUGGAAGUUAACGCUUGUGCCAAAGUCACUAGAGUUAUAGGGCGGUGAUGUCAAUGCUCUGUCAUUCCCUGCACGUCCACGGUCACAGCAAGACGUCCAUCUCAAAGCAACAUCCCUCCUUUUGUGGACAGGAUUUUAAAGGGUUUGGGGGGGGGGAAAUUGGGCUUACGAAACGGUUCCAUUCUAUGUUUAAAAAUCUAACUAAAGGUCUUUUUUUUUUAGGGGGGUAUUUGUACAAAUGUAUAAACCGUAAUUCCACUAUUGGCUGUGCUUUUGUAAAAUAAUGUAAAAAUUGUUAUUUGGAAUAUUUAUUGCAAAACAUUAAAACAAAGUGGUUCUUUAACUUAAAACAAUAUGUAAAAAUGGAUCAACCUGUUUCAAAUUUGAGUUGGUAAAAAAAGGUGUUUUUAUUGUGUGCAUAAAGUUGACUAUAAAAAGCUCAUUUAAUA